AUGAGUUCAUCUAUUGGCCGAGAACCAAAUUCUUCCGUGGUGUUUCACGCUUUACCGAAACACGACAAAGAUCUUCCAGCUGAAAUUACUGAUGAUGACAGGCCCCAUUGGCAAGAUCGUGAGCAUCUUGUUUAUCCGCCAAAUGUAAAAGAUCGUAAAGGCAUUGUCGGACAUCUAGAAAAAGAUUUGGAAAAAGAGAUGCAGAAUAGACACAAGGGUGACGGCGACGAUCAUAAAAAAGAUGAAAGUGUUAAAUCCAAUGAGAAACCGAAAUGCAAUAAUAAUAACGAGCAGGGAAACCAAUCUUGA